GAUUUGUACUGUGUCCGUAGUGACCUGGGGAACCUCCUGAAAGCCCUGGGUCGCUUAGAAGAAGCAAAGGCUUGUUAUUUGAAGGCAAUUGAGACCCAACCAAACUUUGCUGUUGCUUGGAGCAACCUCGGAUGUGUAUUUAAUGCACAGGGGGAGAUCUGGCUCGCUAUUCAUCAUUUUGAGAAGGCUGUAACUCUUGAUCCUAAUUUUCUGGAUGCUUACAUAAAUUUGGGGAAUGUUCUUAAAGAAGCCCGAAUAUUUGACAGAGCGGUUGCAGCCUAUUUACGCGCUCUUAGUCUUAGUCCUAACCACGCCGUGGUCCAUGGAAAUCUGGCCUGCGUGUAUUAUGAACAAGGACUCAUUGAUCUCGCUAUCGAUACGUACAGAAGGGCCAUCGAAUUGCAACCACACUUUCCCGAUGCCUAUUGUAAUCUCGCCAAUGCGCUGAAGGAGAAAGGCAGUGUGGUGGAUGCUGAAGAAUGCUACAAUACAGCUCUCCGCCUGUGCCCUACACACGCCGACUCCCUGAAUAACCUCGCCAACAUCAAACGUGAACAGGGGAACAUUGAGGAGGCCGUCCGCCUCUAUAGGAAAGCUCUGGAGGUGUUCCCGGAAUUUGCGGCGGCUCACUCCAAUCUUGCCAGCGUCCUCCAGCAACAAGGAAAACUUCAGGAGGCUUUGAUGCAUUACAAGGAGGCCAUCCGGAUAAGCCCAACAUUUGCUGAUGCUUAUUCCAAUAUGGGAAACACGCUGAAGGAAAUGCAAGAUGUCCAAGGGGCCUUGCAGUGCUACACCAGAGCCAUUCAGAUCAACCCGGCCUUUGCUGAUGCCCACAGUAACCUGGCAUCUAUUCAUAAGGAUUCUGGAAAUAUUCCUGAAGCGAUCGCUUCUUAUCGGACCGCUCUGAAACUGAAACCCGACUUCCCCGACGCCUACUGCAACUUGGCCCAUUGUCUUCAGAUUGUCUGUGAUUGGACGGAUUAUGAUGAGCGGAUGAAGAAGUUGGUCAGCAUUGUUGCUGAUCAGCUGGAGAAGAACAGACUUCCCUCUGUCCAUCCUCACCAUAGCAUGCUGUACCCGCUGUCCCACUCCUUCAGGAAAGCCAUCGCUGAGAGACACGGAAACCUGUGCUUGGACAAGAUUAAUGUCCUUCACAAGCCGCCAUAUGAACAUCCGAAGGACUUGAAGGCCAGUGAUGGAAGACUGCGGGUGGGAUAUGUCAGCUCCGACUUCGGGAAUCAUCCCACUUCUCACCUCAUGCAGUCCAUUCCCGGCAUGCACAAUCCAGACAAGUUUGAGGUUUUCUGUUACGCUCUGAGUCCAGAUGACGGCACCAACUUCCGGGUGAAGGUGAUGGCAGAAGCAAACCACUUCAUAGAUUUAUCACAGAUUCCAUGUAACGGGAAGGCAGCCGAUCGCAUUCAUCAGGACGGAGUUCACAUUCUAGUUAAUAUGAACGGCUACACCAAAGGGGCCCGAAAUGAGCUGUUUGCUCUCAAAGCCGCCCCCAUACAGGCCAUGUGGUUGGGAUAUCCUGGAACAAGCGGAGCGCCAUUCAUGGAUUACAUCAUCACUGACAAGGAGACGUCUCCUGUUGAAGUGGCCGAGCAAUACUCUGAGAAAAUGGCCUACAUGCCCAACACCUUCUUCAUCGGAGAUCACGCCAACAUGUUCCCUCAUCUAAAGAAAAAAGCCGUCAUUGAUUUCAAGUCCAACGGCCACAUCUACGACAACCGAAUCGUCCUGAAUGGAAUCGAUCUGAAAGCUUUUCUGGAGACUCUCCCCGAUGUGAAGAUUGUGAAGAUGAAAGGUCCGGAAGGCGGAGACAACUCAGACAGUAACUCCGCCCUCAAUAUGCCGGUCAUACCGAUGAAUACGAUCGCUGAGGCCGUCAUUGAGAUGAUCAAUAGAGGACAGAUCCAGAUCACCAUCAAUGGCUUCAAUAUCAGCAAUGGUCUGGCCACUACACAGAUCAAUAAUAAAGCCGCCACCGGUGAGGAGGUCCCCCGAACCAUCAUUGUCACCACCCGGUCCCAGUAUGGACUCCCAGAGGAUGCCGUGGUGUACUGCAACUUCAACCAGCUGUACAAGAUAGACCCGCCCACCCUGCAAAUGUGGGCCAAUAUUCUGAAACGCGUUCCGAACAGCGUCUUGUGGCUUCUGCGUUUUCCCGCGGUUGGCGAGCCAAACAUCCAACAAUACGCCCAGAACAUGGGGCUGCCGCAGUCCCGGAUCGUCUUCUCCCCCGUCGCCCCCAAAGAGGAACACGUCCGGCGAGGACAGUUGGCAGACGUGUGCCUGGACACCCCUCUGUGUAACGGGCACACCACCGGCAUGGACGUCCUUUGGGCUGGCACCCCGAUGGUCACUAUGCCAGGUGACACUCUGGCCUCUCGAGUCGCAGCCUCUCAGCUCACCUGUCUGGGGUGUCCGGAAUUAAUCGCUAAAAGCCGACAAGAGUACGAAGACACGGCUGUGAAACUUGGCACUGACCUAGAAUUCCUGAAGAAGAUCCGGGCCAAGGUGUGGAAGCAGAGGAUAUCCAGCCCGCUCUUUAACACCAAGCUGUACACGAUGGACCUGGAGAGGAUGUAUCUUCUGAUGUGGGAUCAUUACUCGGCGGGAAAGAAACCCGAACAUCUCCUCAAGCCGGUGGAAAAUACCGAGUCGGCCUAACUCCGCCCCCCAACCCUGCAUCUCCCAGCGAGGCCGGCGUCCUGCCGCCGCUCAGCCAUCUAUCGUUCGGUCAUGUUUGCUCGACUUUA